AUUCCUCUUCGCUAUCUCUCACCAUAUCACCCAAGUCUACGCAAUCCAGAAAUGCCUCCUCAACCGCGCACACCCAAGAAAUCCCACACAAUCCAAAACUACUUCACACCCCUCCCAACGCCCAGUAAGACGCACCAUCUCCGCGAUGGUUUCGACGGUGAAGAUGAGAACAGAGCGGAUGAUCUUCGCCUCCCAGCAAGCCCCUGGGCUCCAAGAAGCGGUGUCAUAUACGCGCGCACCAAAAUCGGCGAGAUCAAGUCCGGUCCUGGCCGUAUCACAUUCACCGGCCGCGUCGCCAACUUCCGCGACGUGGAGAAGAACCCCAAGCAGGCUACAGCCGCAAAGGUGCUCUUGAGAAUGACGUUGACGGAUGAAACGGGGGCUAUUGACAUCAAGUUCUGGCUUACUCGGCCAAUGAUGAUCCGGCAAGUCGCGAAGCUGGGAGCACUGGCGACAGUGCACACGACAUUUGUCGCUGCACUCUCAACCAAGGAGAUGGAGAGUAGUGCGGCCAGCUACAUGGUCAGUAUUUCGGAUACAGAUGCAGCCGCAAAUGUGGAGUUCCUUGAAGACAGCGAUGAGAAUUACGCCGACUACAAGUCAGACGAGAGUAAGGGCGGCGAAUUGAUGCCGCUUAAAGUAUUUGUCGAAAGUGGAUCGGAUGUGGACGACGCCAGGCUGCUCGUGUGUAUCAAAUGGAAAGGUUCCAGGAAAUUCAGUGAGAUCCCCAACGCCAUAUCGGGUGAGCUAGAACUGACAGACAGAUCAGUACCCCGUAAAGAUGGAGUCGGCACCGCCGAAAAGCGGGAUAUUGGCGUUUUCGACGACAGCAUGGAAGCCACUCUCACACUGUGGGGUUCCAUGACGACCUCGGCCAAUAGCUGGGAGAUCUCGAAGACAAUUCUACUUCUCACCGCGCCCUGCAUCAGGCUCUGGAGGAAUGAUGUGCAGCUUUCCCUCGGCCCAGCUAGUCUUGUCGGCAUCGACCCGAUCCAUAGGGAUGCGCAGUGGCUACGCUCCUACGCCCAGAAACUCCUGCGGAAACCAGAUCUCUGCCAGCCGUUUCCGUACACGGAAUUCGAUUGGAGUGUGGGAUUGUUUGGCGAUGUUAGGCUGAAGUAUACGUUCGCCGAUAUUGACACGUACGCCAGGAAUAUCGAGGAGUUUGAGCAUCAAGUCCCCGGGAACCAGUGCAUAGGUUACCUCAACGUGGUGAUCGUCGAGAUCAAUAUUGCCACCCUCCACCGUCGAAACAUGUUACUCGUCGGCACCUGCUGCGGAUUCCCCGUCUUCACCAACUCCUCCAGCGCUGUCUGCAAAAAAUGCGACGCCCCUCUCCCCUCGAUCCAACCCAACCCCAACAUCCUCGGCCGCAUCGCCGACGAAACUGGCACGAUAGCAGGCAGCAACCUAAUAAUGUCGGAAAGAGCGUGGCUCAGCUUCCUUGGACGCAGCGGACAGGAGCUCGCCGAGAACACGAGUUCAGAGGUGCUAAGGUACUUUGAUGACUACUUUCUCUUCGCGAGAAUGACCCUCGCGUUCGGGUGGGAUCCUGAGGUCGGGAAGAUUGCUGUGUGGGAUGUGUUGGCUUCUUAGAGGGAGGGUGUUUGCGCCUUAGAGCUUGGGGUUGGGUGUGUUUGCUUCUUGAGUUGGGUGUGUUUGCUUCUUAGAGGGGAUUUGUUUGCUUCUUAGAAAUGGAAGAAAACGAAUGGUAUGUAUGCUCAUAGAGGGUCACUCGAGAGGAUAG